AUGGCCUUGGUACCUCACCCUUCCCCGCCGGGCGUACUAGGCCUUCAACCUCCUCACCUGGGGCAGUAUAAUGGAGCCGCACCGGUCGAUGCUCACAUGCAAAGACAACGGCUGCUGUCUCAGUUGAACGAGUCAACCUGGCAAAGAAUCGGCUCACUGAACGAACUCCUCGGCGAUCAUGAAGGAGCACUGUUUGCCUACGAGCAAGCUUUGCGUCACAAUCAGUGGUCACCACAGACGCUCAAUGCUAUUUCAUGCAUUCUUCGCACCAAAGAAAAGUAUCCUGAAGCCAUGGAGUAUUUGAAGAAUAUCCUCAAAGUCGAGCCUGCAAAUGGCGAAGCAUGGGGCAAUCUCGGUCACUGCUACUUGAUGAUGGACAACCUGCAAGAAGCGUAUACCGCCUAUCAACAAGCACUAUACUACCUGCCUGAUCCCAAGGAACCAAAAUUGUGGUACGGCAUUGGUAUUCUCUAUGAUCGGUACGGCUCUCUUGAACACGCGGAGGAAGCCUUCUCCCAGGUCAUGAGAAUGCAACCAGACUUUGAAAAGGCAAAUGAAAUCUAUUUCAGACUUGGUAUCAUCUACAAGCAACAACAAAAAUUCCAGCAGAGUCUUGAGUGUUUCAAAUACAUUGUCAACGAUCCGCCACGACCAUUGAACGAGGAAGAUAUAUGGUUCCAGAUUGGCCACGUCUAUGAGCAACAAAAAGAUUUCGAAGCUGCGAAGGCCGCUUACCGACGAGUGCUUGAAAGAGAUCCGAAACAUGCCAAAGUGUUGCAACAGCUAGGAUGGUUGCAUCACCAACAGAACCAGAAUUACGCCAGCCAAGAACAGGCAAUCGAGUAUCUCGAACAAUCUGUCAGCUCAGACAACCAAGACGCCCAGAGUUGGUAUCUAUUGGGACGGUGCUACAUGGCCCAACAGAAAUUCCCCAAAGCAUACGAGGCCUACCAACAAGCCGUCUAUCGAGAUGGCCGCAACCCUACCUUCUGGUGCUCCAUCGGUGUCCUGUACUACCAGAUCAACCAGUAUCGUGAUGCCCUCGAUGCAUACUCCCGUGCAAUUCGCCUGAACCCUUACAUCUCAGAAGUUUGGUACGACUUGGGCACGCUGUACGAGUCGUGCAACAACCAAACUUCUGAUGCUCUCGAUGCUUAUUCCCGCGCUGCCGAGCUUGACCCAACCAACACUCACAUCAAAGCGCGCCUUGCUCUGCUAAGGAGCGGACAGCCUACUGGACCCAACCAGCAAAACGCCCCGGUACCCCAGGAUGUACACCCACAAGCAUAUCAAAAUGGUGUCGGCGUUCCUCCCGGACCUCAAUGGGGUGGACCCUCGUCUUCGAGCCAGCAAUCACAGCCACCACCAGUUGAUCCUGGCAGAGUUCACGACUGGACUAGAGGCCUCGCAGGUAUUCAACAGCCCCCGUCGCAGGCCAACGGAUUCGACAACCGUGACUCAAUGAGGGCUCCACCUCCCCGAGCUCCUAGCCCACGAAAUGAACCUCCUCGCCCUUACGAUUCCGCCCGUCACACUCCCUCAAGGAAAGCUCAGUCCCCUUCGCCAAAGUUGCAACCCGGGAUGUAUCCGCCUGGCCCUCAAACCUUGCCACAGAUCUCUAUGCAAGAUCGAGGCCCUGGUUUCGGUCCUGGCGUUCGUCCCUCGCCUACCAUGAACGGUGCUCCUCUUCCCCCCGCCAACGGCGCUACAUCCAACAACACGCUUCCUCCGUACGGACGACCAUUCAGUCCCCCAAGCGAGCUAAGGCCGAUCAGGGACGAACGUCCGCCCUCGCCGGGUUCUGCUUUCCGACCACAGCCAUUCCAAUCCGGACCCUUCCCCAGCAUUGCCAACGGUGUCCCAUCGGCUGCGCCGCCACUCCCAUCUGCGGAACCACCCAGGGAGGAGCGACCGUCCUCUGCCAUGAAGCGGACACGAGAUUGGGAACCUGAAGGUCCUUCGAAGAAGAUUGCCAGCGACGAGACCCGUGCCCGCCUAGAUGAUCCUAGCCGGCGGAACAGCCCCCCUGGGAGACUGCCGUCGCCGAAAGGUCAUUUCCGACGCAGCUCCUCUGAAGUGCGUCGUGAGAACGAGCGCCGUGCCAAUGAAAACUACCACCCUUCGGAAGCUGCUCACCAUCCCUACAGUCUUGCGCCUCAGCCGCAGACGGAGCCACAAUCGCAACCCCCGCCCCAGCAGAUACCAUCCAUGCAGACCUUUCUAGAUGGCCCCAAAGAGGAUCGUCCGGAGCAUGUUGAACAAGCCGCUCGAAAAGUCGAAGUUGACGAAGACUACGACAACAACAGCGAAGAUGACAAGAGAGUAGCCACUGUAGCUACGAACAGUCCUCAAGUCGCAGCACCCCCGCCGUCAACCGCCUCCAAGCAGGAAGCUGCGGCAUAG